AUGGCAGGUUUAUCAGAGGAGCGUUUGCGCGUGGUGGCGAUCAUUCACGCGCUGAAAGCAGUCGGCAUCCGCGUGAAAAACUGGAAGAACUUUCUGAUUGGAGACUCGAACUAUGAACAAACUUUAAAUCAGGACAGUGUUUCACGACGCUUUGCUUUUGGACGUAACCUUCACUUGCUCCCUCAGCAUCAACUGUCUGACAUGGGCGGUACAGUACCUCAGUUCUUGGUGGAGGCAUGUGAGUAUCUGUUACAACACCUGAAUACAGAGGGCCUAUUCAGGAAGACUGGAUCCCUGAGUCGCAUCCGUGCAUUAAGGGCAGAUCUGGAGCAGGGAAAGCCAGUCUUCGAUUCCCCUUACACAGCCCACCUGCAGCCCUGUGACGUGGCCUCCCUCAUCAAACAGUUCCUGCGUGAGCUGCCGUCUCCCCUGAUCCCUACAGACCUUCAGAACCCUCUGAUUCAAGCCCAGGGACUUGAGAUGUCACAUGACCAGGAGGGAGCAAGAAACAGAACAACUCUGCUCAUAACCGCUCUGUUUCCUUCAUCCAAUGCUCUCACACUCCGAUACCUCUGCACCUUUCUACGUCAGGCUGCAGAGAGAUGCAGUGAGAACAGAAUGGAUGUGAGCAGUCUGGCAGUCGUGAUCGUUCCUAAUCUAAUUCAGUGUUCCACCCAACCCUCCAAGCUGACAAUAGAUACUGAGAAACAUUUGGACCAGCAGGCCGCCGUCAUCAAGUCCCUCAUUCUUUAUGCAGAUCGUAUUGGUGUUGUCCCAUUAUGUGUACUGGAGGCAUCAAAAGUAACAGGGAAGACAGAGACACCUUCUCCUACAGGUGGUGCUAUUUUCAGAAAGCGGACAGAACUCAGUGCAUACAGAAGUCUUAAGCGGCAACGGCGGCGAAGUGUAGGUGAGAUAUUUUUUGAUGCUUUUUCCAAACUGAAGCCAUGUCGUACUCCCACUGGACCACUUAUAGCCUUAGAUGUCACGUCAGACUCUCCACUCUCAAAAAGCCCCACUUCUCAAUCACCAGUUACAGUCAAGCGCAAAGCCACGGGGGAGACUGUUCCUGAACUUCAAGGAUCUGCCAAGAAAAGGCCUUCUUUGCAUGAUUUAAGAGAGGACACACAGUCUUCCAUCAUCCAUCCAACAGAAGAGUCCACAAGCAGUCAUAGUCAACCGGAAGAAAAGAGUAUCAAGGAAGAUCCAAUUCCCACCACUUCCAAGAAGAGAAACCACAGGAAGUCACUUCGGCCUUCAAUACCAGAAGAAAAGGUUCAUCAGAGAAAAAGAUCUCUCAGAUUUUUCAGUGUAUCCAGUGGCAAAUACAGCAGCAAUACAUCAAUGACACCAGCAAACAAAGACCCUGAAAUCUGUUUGGAAAAUUGCAGCUUACAGUCUGACUGUAAGAGUGCAAAUUCUGCACUGGCAAAUGCUGAUGUAUCUCUAAAGAUGCCAUUUAUUCUCACUGAUGGACUAGGAGUUGUUGUUGGGAAUGAAGUGGAAGAUGACCCAGAUCUUCUUAACUGCAGUUUUGCUGAAAUCCCAAAUGACUAUUUAAACAUGGAACCUGAAGCUUCUCAAAUUCAAAGACAGGACAUUGAGGAACCCUGUGCAGAUGAAUGCUGGACCAUACUUGAAGAUGAGAACUUUGAAGAGCUACGAAAAUGUGAAGUAAUAGUCACUCAAAAUGAGAGCAAGGAGGUUAAUGUUACUAUGGGAAAGCUAUAUGAGGUAGAUAUGAAGAAGGAAGAACAGCCACUUAAAGAAUCCAUAGAAAUGAAGAAGAGCUCUAAGAACCGAUCCCGUCCUCGUAGAUCCAUAAGCUUGCCUGAGGUGAUGCUGGAGUUGUGUUGUGAUGAGGGGCCUGAACUGGAUAAAGAAGUUGGUAAAGGGCAACCUGAAAUGGAUAACAAUGUCUGGCCAAUGUUUGAAAGUUUAACUGUUUCAAAUAAGCAGGAAAAUGAAAGCGUCACCAUGGAGAAGCAGAAGGUGUGUAGCAAAGAAAUGGAAGGGCAAGAGACAAAAGGAAACAUUCAAGUGCUAAAGAACUAUAAACAAGACAAAAUGGCAGAUUCAACACUUGGUUUCAAAAGACCUCAUCAGCGUUUGUCCAUGGCUGAGCGACUUAGAGGCUUUUCUGCUUUUGCCUUGCUUCUCCGGCCAUCACGGGCAGCACCUCUGUUAAGGGAGAAACCCCAGGAAGGCCUUCAGAGGGGGACUUCACAUCUUCGACGGCAGGGUACGCCUCGAUUCGGCCGAUCAAUCAGUCAUGAAGGAGUAUCAGAGAGACCACCAGAGCACAGCCCUGAAAGAUCUCCACCAACAAAUCCAGCUUUCAUAGGAAUGUGUGUCGCUAGCCCAGAUUCAGGUGUGGAGUCUGUUGAUCAAGAACCAAUUAGUGAUUUGCAUCAUCAAGAAGUCUGCAAGAUUCAUUGGUCACAGAAUUCCCCCAAAGCUCCACCAAUAAAUCAUGAGAAUGUGGAUUUCUUCCCAGUAAGCUCUGAGAGAAAUCAUGACCAAGUGUCUAAGAUGGACAGACUUUGUAAGCAAUCAGAGCAUCUGGAUGUUGAGGGAGAUCUCCAUAAACGGUUGGAUGAGAAGUGCUUUUGUGAUCAAAAGCAAGAACAUCUGGAUUCUAGUGUUUUUCAUCCUUCUGUGGGACAUCAAAUUGUAUUACCUGAUCUUGAAUCUCCAACAUUCUUCCAACAUAUGGUGCAGUUUAAUCCCUUUGAGGACACUGGUUCAGUCGAAGACUUUAAAAUGAAUAAUGUCUCUCUGCAGACAAAAGAAAUGGAUACCUCCUCAUUGCUGGAUGCCAGUCCUCGAUUUGAGUUUCCAGCUUUUGCAUCUCUUACACUUGGCUUUUCUGAAGAUGACACAAAUAACAGCUUGCCUUGUGAUCUCUCCCCUCCAGUCUUUCAUUUCAGACAUCCGACCUUAAGGAAAUGCUACAGGGACACUCCCCACUGGCCCUCACAUGAGGUCCGCAUGUCUGCUUGGAACCCGUUGUCCCUUUAAACUUUCUAGUUCUUGAAAUUAGUUUAUUGCCUUAAUAUCACUUGGAUCAGAAUCUAGAUUGUAUAAUCAUAUGA